GCAAAACAAACCAGGCUCCGGCUGUCUCUGUUCCGUUGGCGCUGCACCGCGGCAGCUUGUCUGAACACCACCUGUUCGAUGAAAUGCCCCUGUGACCCCGACUCCAUGGCGGAGGCAUCCGGCGACGCGCGGAUGGUCCCGGCGCGCGCUCCCAGCGAGGCGUGCAGGAUUAACGCCCUCCCCAGCCACGUCCUCACCCGCGCCAUCUCCUUCCUGGACGCGCGCCAGCUCGUGCGGACGUGCGUGCUGUCGCUGCAGUGGCGCGACCUCUGGCGCUCAGUGCCUCGAAUCAACGCGUCUCGCGAGGAAUUCGACGGCAUGCCUGGCACUUGGGUCGAGCAGAACGUGCUCUUCAAGAAGUUUUUCAACCGGUUCCUAAUGCUCCGGAACCCCACUCCCUUGGACGAGUUCAAUCUCUGCUACGGCGUACGAGAUAGUGAGGAUUCAACGGACCGCGACUAUGUUGCCGAAUCAGAAGAUGCUAACCUGUGGAUUGGCCAUGCUUUACAUUGCAAUGCUAGAUCUGUCAAAGUUUCCGCAACCGAAUGGGAGGCUAAAUUGCAUCCCGAUCCGGUGGUGUUUGCUUCAAAGUGCUUCUUGACGAGCCUGGAGCUUACCAGAGUUGUUUUAUUUGCCGGCUUCUUUAAGAAUCUCCAAAUGGGCUGCACACUAUUGGAACGUCUCAAAUUGUAUGAUUGUCCCAUUUGUGAUGCUGAGGUUUCCUCCCAGACACUGAAGCUUUUCACAGUUGAUACUGGGUGUUUCCCACAUCGCGAGCAGGCUUCUAUUUCGAUCCCAAGCCUAGUGGACUUCGGUUACUUUUCUGGUGAAAGAAUACCACCUUUACUGACAAACUUGGGGUCAUUAGAAACAGCAACAGUUUCAAUUGGUACUUAUGCCUAUGAUACUCCGCUUAGUGAUAUCUGUCAAUUUCUCAGAGGCCUUUCUAAUGUUACACAUUUGGACUUAAGUUAUGAAGGACCAAAGCUGGAGGUGCAAGCGAAUUUUCAAUGGUGCCCAAAAUUCAACAAUCUUACAACCCUGACUCUUGGCGAGUGGUGUCUGUGUGCGGACUUCUAUGCAUUGAUAGUCUUCCUUCAGAACUCACCUAAUCUGAUGAAGCUAAUUCUGGAAAUCAGAAAGAACCCAGAAACACAUGAAAAGUUCAUUGGCGAGCUAGAAGAAAGAUAUUUCACUUGUGAGCACCUUAAGAUUGUUGAAAUCAUUUGCCCGGAGAAUUGGGAGGAUGAUCCCAUGCUCAACGACCUGGUGAAGUUUUUGGUUGGGAAUGGCAUAAGCUCUGAUCAUAUUGAAAUCAAGAACUGGAGAGAUCUCUAUUCCCAACAAUAUAAUCAUCCUCUAGAGUUGCUACAGAUAUGAUGUAUUAGAUCUACAUCAUGCCAAGGUGAUCCGUGACAAUGUCAGACUAGAUGCUGGAAUAACCUUUCAUUGCGAUUUGGUGAACUAGUCUUUUAGCUUCAACCCCCAUGGAGCACGUUUA